GUGGGUCCAGUAGCUCUCUUUCCGUCCCGGAGCGCAUCAGCGGACAGCUGGCGGGAAGGCUCUGAAAGGGUAGCGGCGGACGCGUGAAGGCAGCGUGGGGACGCGGUGAAAACUGAGUGGUGGGGUCCCCGGAAGUGUAGCAAUCCCAGCUCUCUCCGGCCCCUCCAUGCUUAGUUGGAGACUACUGGCUCAGACCGGCGCCCAGAUCCUGGGCCGCGGCGCUUGGCACCUGGGUGCUUCCCAAGGCUCGGGGAACAGAACAGACACCUGGCUUUUGGUUAGGAGUCUCCAUGACAAGAGUAGUACUUGGUGGGAUGAGCAUCUUUCUGAAGAAAAUGUCCCGUUUGUUAAGCAGUUGGACUCUGAUGAAACUAAAGCCCAAUUAGCAAGUAAACUGUGUCCUCUGAAAGAUGAACCGUGGCCUCUACAUCCUUGGGAACCAGGUUCCUCUAGAGUAGGCCUCAUCGCAUUGAAGCUGGGCAUGAUGCCUUUAUGGACCAAAGAUGGUCAAAAGCACGUGGCCACAUUACUUCAGGUACAAGACUGUCAUGUCCUAAAAUAUACUCCAAAGGAAAACUAUAAUGGAAAAACGGCAGCCCUAACUGUAGGAGGAAAAACUGUAUCCCGUUUCCAUAAAUCUGCAUCUAUUUUGGAAUUUUACCAAGAACUUGGAUUGCCGCCAAAACAGAAAGUUAAAAUCUUUCGCGUAACAGAUAAUGCUGUAAUUAAGCCAGGUACUCCUCUUUAUGCUGCUCACUUUCGCCCAGGACAGUAUGUGGAUGUCACAGCCAAAACUAUUGGUAAAGGUUUCCAAGGUGUCAUGAAAAGAUGGGGAUUUAAAGGCCAGCCUGCUACUCAUGGUCAAACGAAAACUCACAGGAGACCUGGAGCUAUUUCAACUGGUGAUGUUGCCAGAGUCUGGCCUGGAACUAAAAUGCCUGGGAAAAUGGGAAACAGAGAUAGGACAGCAUUUGGACUGAAAGUGUGGAGAAUAAACACAAAGCACAAUAUAAUCUAUGUAAAUGGCUCUGUACCUGGACAUAAAAAUUGCUUAGUAAAGAUCAGAGAUUCUAAAUUACCUGCAUAUAAGGAUUUCUGUAAAAAUCUACCAUUCCCUACAUAUUUUCCUGAUGGAGAUGAAGAGGAACUACCAGAAAAUUUGUACGAUGAAAAUGUGUGUCAACCCAGUGCGCCUUCUAUUACAUUGGCCUAACCUCAUUGGAUAUGGAAGAACCUCACGUAUUUUGUGAACUUUGAUGAGCCAGAACAAUAAUAUAACCAGCAAUUAUAUUUUGCUUUCUUAGUCACAGUAUCACAUGUGUCAUCUUUGUCAAGGGCAUAAAUGUAUCUCAUUCAUCCUCCAGCUGAAUUUUGUUUUAAAAAUUACCAAAUUAAGCAAAUCAGUUGAGUAGAUUGGAUAUGCCAGAUUUGUACAUCCAACAAAUUUUUAUUAAUCAUCUAUGUUAAUGGCUCCUGGAUUUCUCUUCCUUAUAUGAAACUAAAAUGUAUUUACUAAUGGCUACUUACGACAAAUAAGUAAGCUUACCAAUGUAAGUAUAAGCAGGCCUCAUUGAACUACUGGAUUUCCUCUGGCCCAGAUGCCUGAAGCCCCACAGAAUUCAUUUUAACUCCAGAUGUUUUCUGAGAUUCAUAUGGCCACCCAAGAGACUUAUUAACAAUAGUGUUAGGUCUCCACAUAAUUUCCUGAUAACUAAUGGAUUAGUUAUUAAAAGGUCCUACGGAGCGGACGGGUGGCUCAGUUGGUUAGAGCGCGAGCUCUGGGCAACAGGGCUGCCGGUUCAAUUCCCCCACAUGGGCCAAUGAGCUGCGCCCUCUGCAACUAAAAUGAAGUCAAUGAGCUGCCACU